AUGGAAAAUUCAUCAACAGUGUCAUCCAUCAUACUCUCUGCCUACUUUGGAAUGCAGGAUUUUAAGUACAUGUACUUCAGUAUUUUCUUUAUUUUGUAUAUUGGCAUUGUUGCUGAAAAUGUAAUUCUAAUUGUGGUUAUCUACACUGAGAAAACACUGCAUCAACCAAUGUAUUUCCUGGUGUGUAACUUGGCAGCAAAUGGACUCUAUGGUAGUACUGCACUGCUGCCAGCUGUGUUGAGAAAUUUAGCUUGGUCCUCUAGUGAGAUCUCUUUAGCCAGCUGUCAAACACAGAUCUAUUUCAUACAUACAUAUGCUAUUGUUGAAUUUACAAUUAUAGGAGUGAUGUCUUAUGAUAGGUAUGUUGCUAUAUGUCAUCCACUGCGUUAUCAUACCCUCAUGUCUCUGACAAAAGUCUAUAAACUUCUAGUUAUGAUAAUGUAUUCUUAUGCACAUAUCCUGAGAAUCUGUGCAUCAUCUUCCAAAGAAUCCAAGCUCAAAGCACUUCGAACAUGCAUUCCACACUUGUUUGCAAUUAUCAACUAUUGUCAAUCUAUGGGUUAA